GAAUCCCUAACACCAACUACUGACAGCUCCUGAGAUCAAAAGGAAAGUCAGGUCAAGGUGGGAGUUUGGGGAGGGGCAUCCCAUAGCAGAUUCUGUGGCCUACAGAUGAUAUGCUGCCUGAGAGAAGCAGGUAGGAAGUGCAUUGGGGGCCAGAGACUAAACGCAGUGGAGUACAGGGAUCACCUCAACACCUGAAGCCAUGGCCAGUGGGGAAGAUGAGCUGAGGAACUGUGUGGUAUGCGGAGACCGAGCCACAGGCUAUCACUUCCAUGCCCUUACUUGUGAGGGCUGCAAGGGUUUCUUCAGACGAACAGUCAGCAAAAGCACUGGCCCUACCUGCCUCUUUGCUGGAAGCUGUGAGGUCAGUAAGGCCCAGAGGCGCCACUGCCCAGCCUGCAGGUUGCAGAAGUGCCUAGAUGCUGGCAUGAGGAAAGACACUUUGUCAUACCUCUUGCUUGGCACAGUGAUACUGUCAGCAGAAGCCCUGGCAUUGCGGCGAGCGAAGCAGGCUCAGCGGCGUGCCGAGCAAGAAACUGUGCAGCUGAGUAAGGAGCAGGAAGAGCUGAUCCAGACACUCCUAGGGGCCCACACUCGCCACAUGGGCUCCAUAGCUGAACACUUUGUGCACUUCAGGCCUCCAGCUUACCUGUUCAUCCCUCACCAGCCCUCACCCACCCUGGUCCCUGUACUGCCUCUGCUCAGGCACUUUGCAGACAUCAAUACUUUCAUGGUACAGCAAGUCAUCAAGUUCACCAAAGACCUGCCCCUCUUCCGGUCUCUGCCCAUGGAGGACCAGAUUUCCCUUCUCAAGGGAGCAGCUGUGGAAAUCUGUCACAUCUCAAUCAAUCCCACUUUCUGUAUCCAAACACAAAACUUUCUCUGUGGACCUCUUCGCUACACAAUGGAAGAUGGAGCCCAUGUAUCUCCCACAGUGGGGUUCGAGGUAGAGUUUUUGGAGUUGCUUUUUCACUUCCAUGGGACGCUGCGGCGACUGCAGCUCCAAAAGCCCGAGUAUGUGCUCUUGGCUGCCAUGGCCCUCUUCUCUCCCGUUCCCUAUGUUACAGACCGGCCUGGAGUUACCCAGCGAGAGGAGAUUGAUCAGCUGCAAGAGGAGAUGGCACUGACUCUGCAGAGCUACAUCAAGGGCCAGCAGCCAAAACCCCGGAAUCGGUUUCUGUAUGCAAAGCUGCUGGGCCUAUUAGCUGAGCUCCGGAGCGUUAACAACGCAUUUGGGUACCAAAUCCAGCGCAUCCAGGGAUUGCCUGCCAUGAUGCCCCUGCUCCAGGAGAUCUGCAGCUGAGGCCCAGGCUCACCACCCCCACCACCACCCCCCACCAUCAGCUCACCUGGGACACACUGGACUGGAAAGAGAAAAAUGCUGGGUCCAGAGACUGGGCCCAGUAGAAAGGGAGCCCAGUGGUUGCAAUGAAAGUCUAAAGCAA